AUGUUACCAACCACUGUUUUACGAUCCCCAGCAUUAGUUCAAAAAGUACUCAAGAGCUUUCAUACUGAAGGAGGAUACGACUCUUUGGUGUUGCCAGGGCUCAAGGUGAUCAACAGCGAAGAAGGUCGUGUUCGUGCCGAGUUUACUGUGGAAAAGCAACAUUUGAAUCGACUCAAGUCGGUGCAUGGUGGAUUGCUUGCAACUGUGGUCGAUGUUGGCGGAUCAUUGGCUUUAGCUUCGAAAGGAUUAUAUGCAACAGGUGUGAGCACAGACAUCAACAUUAGCUACAUUUCGAGUGCCAAGGAAGGAGAUGUUGUGUCAGUGGAUUGUCGCUGUGACAAAUUGGGCAAGACACUUGCAUUCACAAGCAUUGAGCUUUCCUCAAAUGGACGCCUUGUUGCUCUUGGAAGACAUAACAAGUUUGUUGCUCAAGCUUACGCCCACCCGCAGAAUGAGAUUGGCCAAAAGCAGUAG